UCCAGCCGAUCCAUCUCGGCUGCAUCGCGUUGUAGGUCUGUUGGUGGGGGGCAUGGUGGCAACAACAGGCCACAGAAAGUGCAUCUUCCUGGGCAUGACGGUAGGGGAUGUCGAAAAGGCAGAGGCCUACAAGGGCAGUUUUACCAUUACGGUACCCUUACACAAAACCGUAAAGACAUUUGGGGCUGCCAAGGUCUGCAUUGGCAAAGAUCUAUUCAAGAAUCUCAAGGACUUUUCCACAUUGAGACCCAGCCUCCGUGGCUAUGACAAAGCAGAAACAUUAUUUUUCAAUUCAACAGGCCAUGAAAUGACACGAAUGGGAGUGUUUGUGGGUCGUAUGUGGGGGGAAUGCGGACUUCCAGGCACUCCAACAUUAAAGGAUAUACGGACAGCCAUUUCAACCCAUACAGAUGUGGCACUUCCAUUCGACAAAAGGCAGGGUGUCUGCAGAGCGAUGGCCCAUGACCCAAAGACUGCCAGCUUAUACUAUGUGCCUGAGGCCAGUGGCAGACAGACCCGAACAAUCAGGCUAGACAUAUUGAGGUCCCUAAUGGCCUCAGUCAAGCAACGUAAAAGGGUCUCAGAGGAGACACAGGAUCAGGUGACAAUAAAUCAUUCAGGUGACGGUGAGGAUCAGGAUGCAAUGGAGCAGGACCAGGAGACAAAUGCAGAGGUGUCUGAGGAGGGUCAGGUGAAGGAGACAGAGGUCACACUUCCCUUUGAAGAUGGGCAGAGUCAAGUCUCUCAAGCAAUGGCCCUUGACUUGAUGAGUCCAGGUAAUGUGCCUGAGUUCACAGCCAAACGGUCCCCAUUCUUCAAGUUGGAGAUAUUGAGAUCCCUAAGUCGAUCGAUCAAUCUACCAAGCAUCCAGGAGGACCAGGAGGAAGCACAGUCUCAGACCAGUGAGUCUGGGAACUCCUCCUCACCAUCCUCCUCAGAUUGUACAGAGGAGGGUCAGGGGAAGAAGGACCAGGAGGAAGCAGAGUCUCAGUCAAGUGAGUCUGGGAACUCCUCACCCUCUUCCUCAGAUUGUACAGAGGAGGGUCAGGGGAAGAAGGACCAGGAGGAAGCAGAGUCUCAGUCAAGUGAGUCUGGGAACUCCUCACCCUCUUCCUCAGAGUCUGAGUAGGUGGGUGUGGAGGAGAAAGAAAGUGAGCUUGAGUCCCAUAGCUCAAGUGAAGACAGCCAGGAGCCAGGAGAAGCCUAACCCUAGUCAGGGGAAACAAAGCAAGAACCAAGUCAAGGACA